AUGAAAUCAUUUGUUAACAACCUUUUCUUUAUGUUCUUCUUUGUUGUUGUCUUAACCAACAUUCAAACUUGUUUUGCAGAUUGUGAUAACCUACAAGACACAUGUCCAUCAAUUUCACCAAAUAAACAAACCAUAUUCAUCAAUGGUCUACCAUGCAAAAAUCCAUCUAAUGUAACAUCACAAGAUUUCAAGACCGCGGAAUUAAGUAAAGCUGGUCCUAAAGACAUUUUUGGUGCGUCGAUAAAACUUGUCUCCGCUUUUGAAUUUCAAGGGUUGAAUACUCUCGGUCUAUCGAUCGGAAGAACCGACAUUGAAAAUGAUGGUUUGGUAAACUUUCAUUAUCAUCCUAGAGCUACCGAAAUGAUCUUUGUUAAAAAAGGUGUAUUGAUGGCUGGAUUUAUUGAUACAAAAAACCAAGUUUUCCAAAAUGUUCUCAAAGUUGGUGAUGUUUGUGUUUUUCCUAAAGGUUUGUUUCAUUACAUUCUAAAUCAAGGUUUUGAUGAUGCUGUUGUAUACUCAGUGUACAAUAGUCAAAAUCCUGGACAUGUAUCUAUUGUUCCUACAACUUUUGAUACAACAUUGGAGUCUUUAGAUAAGCUGAAAAGGAGAAUUAUCUCACUUUCUGCCUCUCAAGUUCAUGAUGGUAUCAUCAAUUCUAACACUUAG